AUGCUCCUUUGUAGUGACGCAUCUGACAAGGGUAAAACUAUUUGGAAUGUUGCCAAGCAAGGGACCUCUAAACUAUUAAAGAAACUAGACAGGGAGAAAGUGAAUGCUUAUUAUAUAACUGUAAAGGGGUUUCAAACCAACAAUAAAGAUCGUACAAACUACACUAGUAUAAAAGUUGACGUCACCGACAUUGAUGACAACAAACCUGAAAUGUUAAAGACAACUCACAAUGUUUCAGUGAUGGAAAAUAGUCCGGUGGGAACUAUCUUGUGUGUAGUAUCGGCUACUGAUAGGGAUAUUGGUGUAAACGCGAAAUUUGGAUAUAAGAUGAACAACACGAGCGUAUACUUUGCUGUGGAUGAAAGUACUGGGUUGAUUACUGUAAAAGCAUCUGUCGACCGCGAAACUAUACAGUCAGAGGAACUUAAGAUAUAUGCUGAAGCUACAAAUAAAACGAACUGGACUAGCAAUUUUAGUAUAGUACACAUAACGGUGUUGGAUGAAAACGACAAUACUCCAAAAUUUAACUCUUCAGAUUAUUCCAUUAUUCUGAAAACAAUCAAAAACGGAUCUGCUGUACUGAAGAUGAAUGUGUCUGAUCCAGAUGAAGGUUCAAACGGCGAAUUUGAAUGCAGUAUGCAGCCUAAAUCCGAUUCAUUCGUGAUAAGAACUGAGCUUCACGGAUGUGUCAUUUAUCUGACGUCAUCCCUAAACGAUACGGAACAAUUACUAUACACAUUUGAUGUCACAGUUAAAGAUAAGGCAACUGAUUCAACAAAAAUAAGGGUAUAUUUUAGAAACUAUUCGUUUUGAGAAAUAAUUCAUCACAGGCAUCUCAACUGAAUUUAUGCGUGUGACAUAUCUAUUGCGUCAUCCCUAAACAAGCUACAUGUAUAUUAAUUGGAUGUUCUAGUGAAUUAAAGAUAUGUGUCUUUUUUCAGGAAAAAAAACUCAAU